AUGCCUGCCGCCCGUUUUUCUCCCCCUCUUUCGCUGGACUCGUUGGGAAUGUGCGAAUAUUGUGGGGCAUCAUCCAUCGAUCUCUGGAAAGCAACCACCUGUGACCAUUACGUAUGCAAGAAGUGUUUACUGAACAAGGAACCGUCGCAAGCGCCCCGAUGUCCCCGCUGCGACGGAAGCAGCCUCUUGCUCUGUCCUGGUUCAAUAUUUGGAUGCAUGUAUCAAACGGCCAUCCCUCAUAACUGUGUGGACCACCUCCGCACCUGUCCUAGACGCCCUACGCCGUGCCCCAACGAGUGUUCUUCCAUUGUCUCCAACACCGACCUGCCAAGGCACUUGACCGAUGAUUGUCCCAGGCGUACGCAGGAGUGCCGUUUCUGCCAUGGGAACUAUUUCGUCUCUGAGAUUAGGAAUCACUUUAAGGACUGUCAGGAUUACCUAGUCACGUGUCAGUACUGUAAUCAAGAGAAUAUUCGACGCGGCAGCUUAGACGAACAUGGCGCCGGCUGUCGCAAAACACCGAAGCUUUGCAAGAUGGCCGCUUUGGGAUGUACAUUCAAGGCAGCCGAUGACGAAAUGGAACGUCACCUGACGAUAGAGAAACAUGCGAUGUGCAUGCAUGAGAUGAAGAUGCAAGUGAACGGCCUGGAAGCGGAACUCCGCCAGGUGCGUGAAGAGUGCAGUCGUGAGAAACAGGAGCGCCAAAGAGAAGAAGAAAAACACAAGAAUGAGCUCAAAAUUCGAGACGAAGAGCUCCGGAAGCUUCGAGAGGAAUUUGAAACAUUGCUGCGACAUUUCAGCCCAAGCUGA